AGAACGCAAGUCUCGCGAGACCGGAGCGGUCGCUGUUGGAAAAAUGGCCGCUCACGGAACGAGUCCUGGAACGGGGAACAACAUCAAAUACAGUCCGGGGCGUGACAGCUGACCUACGGCGAACCCGGUUUUGUCCGUCCUUUACCCGACUUCCGAACGGAUGGGUAAAGAGGCCUGCGACAAGGGGCAUAAGGAACCACAGCGAGUGCGUUUAAGUAGUCGGAGGAAGCGGGGAGCUAGCUAGAAAGCUAACGUUGGCCAACGUUAGCUAGCUAGCUUGCUAGCUAACCUAAGACAAGGCGCGCGAGCCCGAAUCAGGGGUUUCGGUGUGUGCUAAUCGAGAGCUAGCCGAAAACAGCCGCAGGUAUGAGCGGACCGGGACAGGACAGCGAGCCGGAGGCCAAAAUCCUUCACAUCAAGCGGCUGUACAGGGCCGUGGUGGAAUCUGUGCACAAGCUGGACGUGAUAAUCGGCAGCAAGUCGUCCUACAGGGAGGUCUUCAAACCGGAGAACAUCAGCCUGAGAAACAAGCUGCGUGAGCUGUGUGUCAAGCUGAUGUUUCUGCACCCGGUGGAUUAUGGCCGCAAGGCGGAGGAGCUGCUCUGGAGGAAGGUUUACUACGAGGUCAUUCAAGUCAUCAAGACCAACAAGAAGCACAUCCACAGCCGCAGUGCUCUGGAAUGCGCCUACAGGACUCACCUGAUCGCCGGGGUCGGCUUCUACCAGCACCUCCUGCUCUACAUCCAGUCCCACUACCAGUUGGAGCUGCAGGACUGCAUCGACUGGACGCACGUCACUGACCCGCUGAUAGCUCGUAAGAAGCCUGUAUCUGCCACGCCAAAGGAGAUGGAGUGGGCUCAGAUGGCAUGCCACCGAUGUCUCGUGUAUCUGGGUGACCUCGCACGGUAUCAGAACGAGCUGGCAGGCGUGGAGGCCGAGCAGCUGGCCGAGAGAUUUUACCACCAGGCCCUGUCUGUCUCGCCAACCAUUGGAAUGCCUUUUAAUCAGCUAGGAACUCUGGCUGGAAGUAAAUUUUAUAAUGUAGAAGCUACGUACUAUUACCUGCGCUGCAUUCAGUCCGAGACGCCCUUCGAGGGAGCCUACGGAAACCUGAAGCGUCUGUUUGAUAAAGCGGCCAAGAUGUACCAUCAGGUGAAGAAACAAGAGAUGAAGAAGCUCUCACCGUCACGCCAGAGAUCAAAGGACAUCAAGCGACUCCUUGUAAGCUUCAUGUACCUGCAAAGUUUACUGCAGCCCAAGAACAGCGUGAUGGACACAGAGCUGACGUCGCUGUGCCAGUCGGUCCUGGAAGACUUCAACCUGGUUCUGUUCUACCAGCCCACACCGAGUCAUGGCAGCCAGUCCGUCAGCGAGGAGGAAGACGAACAUGAUCAGGCCUUCAGCGUGCUGCCCGACAGCCUGGUCUUUAAAAUGGUGGUCAUCUGCCUCAUGGUGGUACACAGCUUAAAGCGAGGAGGUUCUAAGCAGUACAGCACCUCCAUCGCCUUCACACUAGCACUUUUCUCCCAUCUGGUCAACCACGUGAACAUCCGGCUACAAGCCGAGCUCGAACAAGGAGAGAGCGACGUCCCGCCGCUACGCACAGACGCCUCGGAUGACGCUGAUCCUCGAGAGCAGACGAACACAAUUCCCUCAGAGGACAGACCGCUGCAGAACGGCUCGAUAGAAGAAGAUGAUGGAGACGACGAGCACGACGAAGACGAGCUGAAAGACGGCAGGCCGGCGGUUUCUAAGAAAGGCUCGGCGAAGAAGAGCAGCGAGGAGAAGCCGAAACAGAAGAGGAAAUACUCGCGUCUGUCCAUGCUGCGGCGGCGACGCUGCGCUCGCAACGAGGACGAGAGCGACCUGAGCGAAGGCUUCGAGAGCGACGAAGAGGAGGACGAAGAGCCCCAGAGAGCAGACGGCUCGGGAGUCCCGGCGAACUCUUCUCUGGGGAAAGAGGGACACAGAGAGACGGCAGGAGAGCAGGGUGUCUGGGAGAGUGGAUCAGAGGAGGAAGAGGAGGAGGAAGAGGAGGAGGGCGGAACGGCGUUUGAUGUCGAGACAGACUCUGAUAUGAACAGCCAGGAGUCACGCUCCGAUCUGGAGGACAUGGAGGAUGCGGCAAGUCCGGUGCAGGAGCAGCAACACGUGGAGGAGGAAGAGGAGGAGAAGGCGCGUCCGUCACGUGACGAAGGCUCCACCCCUCCUGCCACCAACGGUCCACUGCUGUCCAGUGAUCCCAGCAUCAGCAGCAACCUGCAGGCCAUGUCCUCUCAGCUCUUCCAAGCCAAACGCUGCUUCCGCCUGGCUCCAACCUUCAGCAACGUCCUGCUGAGACCCUCACACACCUCCAACACGACUGCCGAUUCCGUCCCCUCGCAGGAAGCCACGCCCUCUCCCAGAGACGCGCCCAGUAACGCAAGUCCAGAGAUCGCCAAUGGAACCAAUGAUGAUGAUGCUGACACGGAGGACAGCGAACACAGCAACCAAUCGUAUCACAGCGAGAAAACACUUUCAGAGAGGCUUGAGAUCCUGACCAACCAAGGCCUCAUUCAGGUGGUGAAGGUCUUCGUGGAUUGGCUGAGGACAAAUACAGACAUCAUCCUCAUGUGUGCGCAGAGUUCUCAGAGUUUGUGGAACCGCCUUUCAGUGCUGCUUAAUUUACUGCCUGAUGGGAACAAGGUGCUCGAAGCAGAUCUGGGUCUGAAGAAGGAGGUGAGAGAUCUGCUGGCCGGUAGCGAGCAGCCGGACCUGGUCCAGACGGUGCUGCUGCCGGAGGACCAAGCGCUGCGACACCUCCCCGCCCUGAACCUGGCACACCGCCGCCUGGACUUUACUCACCACAGAGCCAGUCUGAGCCCACUGCAGGAGUGUGCGGUGCGUCUGUGCUGCAUCCGCAGCUUCGGCCACUUCCUCACCGGUCUCCAAGGCAACGUGCUGCACUACAACCCCGAGGCAGGUAUUUUCACCAGCAUCAGCCAAUCGGAGCAGGACAACACGGUUCAGCAGGCCAAGGCGCAGUUCCGCAUGGCUGAAGAGGAAGCUCGCAGGAACAGGCUCAUGCGGGACAUGGCACAACUCCGUCUCCAGUUAGAGGUAUCCCAGCUGGAGGGCAGUCUUCAGCAGCCCAAGGCCCAGUCAUCCAUGUCUCCAUACCUGGUGCCCGACACGGGAGCUCUGUGCCAACACCUGAAUUUGCUGCGACAUCUGGCAGCAAGCGGCUGCUUCAUCAUCAUCAUCCCACGCACAGUCAUUGACGGACUCGAUGUCCUGAAGAAGGAAAAUCCCGGCGCGAGGGACGGCAUCCGAUUUUUGGAGUCCGAGUUUAGAAAAGGGAAUAGAUAUAUCCGGUGUCAGAAAGAGUCUGGGAGGAGUUUUGAGAGGGAUAAACUGAAAAGACAGGACAUUGAAGCCUGGCAUCUUUACAAAAUGGUGGACAGCUGUCGGCAGCUGACCGGCUCUCAGAGCGGAGGAGACGAGGACACGGCCGGCAUGGUGACCAUCCUGACGGCGCACGCGGUGGAGGAGCUCGCCGACCGCUCCGCCCCCAUGAAGUCGGCCAUCCAGGCCGUGGCGUCGGCGGGAAUGGAGCUGAAGAACAUCAUGGAAUUUUACCGGCAGUGGAAGGAAAUGGGCUGAAAGACACGGAGGGACAGGGGACUCAGCCCGGCGCUCAGCUAAUAACACGUCGACUCCGUCUCUCCUCUAACUCUCUCUCUCUCUCUCUCUCUCUCUCUCUCUCUCUCAUUUUACUGCUCUGUCUGUGUCUGCAUCUCCAGGGUUUAUUAAAGAACUCGGAAUAGAGAAGGAGGACGAUAACACGCAAGUGUUUUGGAAAAAGCUCCACUAAGGGUCGGAGUGAGAGAGAGACGAAAGGAUGAAAGAAGCAGCGCUAAAAAGUUUGCCUGGUUUUGUCAUGACCAGAUGAAACGAGUAUGAGAAACACACGUGCACACGCCACACAGACACACACACACACACACACCACACACACACACCACACACACACACACACACACACAAAGACAAAAACAAUAAGUAUACAUGUAUAAAAUAAGAGUUUAGACUUUUUUAUGGUUCUCUUUUGUUUUUUUUCCUCUGUUCUUGGUGAGAGGGAGUCGCGUCUGCGUCUGUGUCUAACUAGUGAUGCGACUGUAACCAACCGAGCAACAGAACAUGCUCACACACACACACACACACACACACCUUCCCUAACCCCCCGAGCAGAGCCGCAGCACGACGGUCCGGUUUCACGAGUCGAUCCUCUACAUGCGACUCCGGACUGUUGGCUUCACGAAGGACUCGGAUCAUUUAGAUGUACACUUUCUUUUUGGAUGUUGUUUUUUUUUUUUUUUUUUUCUAUCCUACACGGCUGCUUAUUAUUUUUUUUAUUUUUUCCCCCCCUUAGUUUUUUUUUUUUUUUGGGCUUGUUUGUGAUGAUUGUGUUUAUGUUGUUGAUGAAGACAGACUGUGUAAAGAUGUAAAAGCAGAUGGUUGGUUUUAUUUGAUUUUAUUUUUCUAUGUUGUUCCCUCAUUAUCGCUGCUUUUUGUAUGUUUCACUGUAGUGACGUGGGCGUGGGCGCGGUGUGGGGGCGGGGUUUCAGCACCUCCCAUAGGGGGACAGAACGGUUUUCCGUGCGGAGGUGACGUCGUCGCCCCGAUCGUUGUCUCACCCUCACGGUUUCCUCAUUAACAUGUGUGAAGGUAGUUCUGUUCGCUCUUCAUCAUCGCCGCCCCGCCGUAAUCGUCCCACAGCGCAGUGAAAACAAACCGAUGUAUGUGUGAGGCAUUAAACAAUAAAAAAAAGUCAUGAGAGAAA